AACACGGCGAGGAUAAAGCAAGAUGGCGUCUGACGGUGAAGACGUUAUUGCAGUCGUCACAGUUCAGUGUUCUUAAUCUGUGCCUCCAUGUACACAUAUAUGUCCUUUAUUAGACUCUAGUAAAUAGAGUAAACAUCGUUAAUAACUGUUUGCAUCCGGUUAUAUUAGUCUGAGCGCACUUUGAUGCUUCUCGAGCUAGCUUAGCCUGCUAGUUAGCUUAGCUUGUUAGCUGCUAACAAAGAGAGGCGGAAGUGAUCAAAACACAUCACUAAGUAGAGAUCAAGUGUGAGUGUAAAGUGUUGUGAUUGUGUGAAAAUGUGCCAAAGAACCACAGCAGAGUACGAGGAGGAACUUUGUCCAACAAAAGAGGAGAAGGAGCGACAACAUGAAAAACAUCAAGUUGUGUUACACAGAACAGACAUCCAUCAGCUGAUUGGACACCAAGAAGAAUGUCUUCCUCAUCUGCAGGGGGACAGUUUCACUUUAGAGUAUCCACAGCCCUCACAUUUUAAAGGGAACAAGGAGGAUCCACAGCCCUCUUAUUUCAAAGAGGAAGAGGGGGGAGAGUGUCCUGUAGGGCAGGAGGAGGCUGAUGUCAGCAAGUUUCCACUGACUGUUGUCUCUGUGAAGACUGAAGAGCAUGAAGACAAACCACCUGAGUCCUCACAGCUUCAUCACAGUCCAAACGUCUGUGAAGAACAUCUUCUCUCUGAGCAACAGAAGUGGAGCUUCAGGAUGGGCAAGGAGGAGCCACAGCCCUUCCACAUUAAGGAGGAAGAGAAGGCGCCACAUACAUUGCAAAUGCAAAGGGAAGAAAAUAACCCACUGACCCCGCAUUUUAAAGAGGAAGAGGAGGAACACAGCAUCAGUCAAGAAUGGUUGGAGAAGUUCCAUUUGAUUGUGAAGAGUGAAGAUGAUGAGGUGAAAGGUGAAAGUGAGGAGAGGGGAGGGGGGGAGCCUCCAAGCAGCAGCUCAACACAACACAUGACAACAGAAGCUGAUGGAGACCACUGUGGAGGAUCACAAGCAGACAAGCUCUUAGCUCCACUAUCAGAUAGUGAGGACACAACGUCACACUCUCCUGACACUGAUGAUGAAGACUCUAAAGAUGAUAAGACAUGUCACACUGACAACACUCACUUCACAUCUUCUCACUCUCACAAAACUUUUAAAGACUGUCGCAAUAUGAAAAGACACAUAAGAAUACACACUGAAGAAAAACCUUUUUCUUGCUCAGAAUGUGGUGCUCAGAAUGUGGUACAAGUUUUGCAAGAAAUCAAAGUUUAAAAGCACACUGGAGAAAAAACAUUUUUGUGCUCAAUUUGUAGUAAAAGAUUCACCCAGAAGGCACAUUUGAUAAACCACACAAAAAUACACACUGGUGUAAAACCUUAUUCAUGCUCAGUAUGUGGUAAAAAAUUUACACAAAGUAAUGAUUUGAAAAGACACAUGAGAAUACACACUGAAGAAAAACCUUUUUCCUGCUCAGAAUGUGGUAAAGGUUUUACACAAAGUAAUGAUUUGAAAAGACACAUGAGAAUACACACUGGAGAAAACCCGUUUUCCUGCUCAGAAUGUGGUAAAGGUUUUACACAAAGUAAUAAUUUGAAAGAGCACAUGAAAAAACACACUAGAAAAAAACGUUUUCUUGCGCAAUCUGUUGCAAAGAAUUUGCACUACCUAUCUCUUUCAAAGUUCACAUGAGAAUGCACACUGUUCAAUCUGUUGUGAAGGUUUUGGAUUAGGUCUCUAUUUAAAUAAAACACGAGAAAACACAGAUGAGAGAGUGUUGUGUUGCAGUGUUGAACUGUCAAAACUUGAAUAAGGACUUUCUAACAUCAGCACAUAUAACAUGUGUGACAUCAUUGUUGUGUGUGUAACACAAUCGUGUUAAUAUUAUCCUAACAUUCAUAGAUUAGAUCAUUUAGAUUAGUGUUUUUUUUACAGGUAAAUACAUGUGUUAUUAUGUAAUUUUUGGUACUUUGAUUUAAAAAUGAAGAGAACUAUUUGGCUGAAAAGGUGAAAGUAAAAAACACGUGUUCUUCUGGACCACUUUUGGAAAAAAAAAUACUUUUUACAUCAUUUGUGUUUUAUUCAAGAUCAUUUACUUUUAAAAUGUGUGACUUUAUGAAUCAUUUGUUGGGUCUCUGUAAUCCAUUCUGUUAAUUGUCUUUAUUACUCUCUUUUGUAAUUUUUUUUUUUGGAUUGUUUUGUAUGUAUGUCCCCAGACUUUUAUGCAAUUAAACAAUUUAUGCUUCAAUAAAAGUUGGGUCCAGUAAA